AUUUCAGAAAUCAUGUAUUUGAACAAUCAGUUCGAUCUAUUCGAUGGAAGUCUUGACAAGGUCAUAAAUAAGUUGAAAAGCCCAUUCACCCAUCCAAUACAUUUUCUUGGGAUCGAUUGGGCACCAAUGCUAGUGCCGUUUAAAAGGCGACUGGAGACCCUAGCUGUUGCUCAUUUCAUCUUUAUAUGGCUUAUCGUACCUUUCAUCUCAGUAUGGUUACCAUUCUAUAUCUUCUUCCACACGUCCUAUUGGUGGACUAUGGUAAUAUAUGCAAUAUGGACCAUUUACGAUUUCCGCAAACCUCGUAGAGGCUCACGUAACUGGACCUGGUAUAAAAACCACCCACUAUGGAAGCAAUUUGCUGAUUACUUCCCGUUACGAUUAGUCAAAACUGCCGAGUUACCUCCAGAUAGGAAUUAUAUCAUUGGCUCUCAUCCGCAUGGCAUCCUCUCCAUAGGGGCAUUUACGACCAUGAUCACGAAUGCGACAGGAUUCCCGGAGAAGUUUCCUGGACUAAAACCAACAAUUUUGACAUUGAAUGGGCAAUUUUGGUUCCCAUUCAGGAGAGAGAUAAGUAUAGGUUUGGGUGGCGUUGAAGCCUCUCGGGAAUCUUUGCAGUAUCUUUUGGAAAAUCCAGGAAAAGGUCGUGCUAUCGCAAUAGUGCUCGGCGGAGCACAGGAGCUACUUGAUGCUUGUCCUGGCGCGCACGUUCUACAUCUUUCGUCACGGCGAGGAUUUUGCCGAUUUGCUUUGAAAUACGGUGCGGAUUUGGUGCCUAUGUAUAAUUUCGGAGAAAAUGAUGUUUUUGACACUGUUCCAAGCCCACGAGGAACUGCUUUAAGGAAGUUUCAGGAAUUCGUGAAAAGGUGGUGGGGCUUUUGUCCUCCGCUAGCUAAGGGUCGCGGAAUCUUCAACUAUACAUUCGGCUUGCUGCCACACCGAAGACCAAUCACGACAGUCAUGGGAGCACCUAUAAGGGUUGAACGAGUUGAGAGUCCCUCGGAAGAAGACAUAGACAAACUACAUGCAGAAUAUUGCAAAGCGUUGACGGAGCUUUUCGAAGCUCAUAAGAGUUUACAUAACAUACCAAAAGAUGUACAUUUGACUAUUUAUUGAUUGUUGUAUUGUAUUUUAGGUAAUAAUUGAUGAUGUAUCUGUACAGUGAGGUGACAAUAUGGGUGUGUUUCUGCCUCAAAUAAA